ACACAAGUUGGUGCCUGAUCAGUAUGAGAGGAGAGAUUGGAUCCAGACACCACAGAGAGAAGACCCAGAGACGCCAUCGAGUGUGGACAUGCAUCCCAGCUGUUCCCCACCAGGCGCCAUGGUCUACAAGUAACUUAGAAGCGACAUAGAAUUAGUAUACCUGUUUAUCUACCGUGUGGCAUCGUUUGUACAAGUGUCAGAUUUGAGGUUAAUGCAGAGGAAAAGCAAUCACGAUGGCAUCAAGAGUCAAACAACACCUCUUCACAGUGCAGCCUCAGUACAUACAACGUGAUGACAAUCGAUUCACAUCAUCCAGUCCAAGGCCUGAGGCAGAGGGAAAGGAGAUGGAUCUAGGAGCCGAGACAGCAGAGGGCACUAGACUGGAAGGAUACAGACGACCUGGAGCUAAGCCUGCUUUCUUUGAUGGCAAGAACAGAAAUUCUACUGAUCUGGCCUUUCGUCAGCGACAGAAUCAGAAGGAUGUCCAGUUUGAAUCAAGUCCAAGGAAGGAAAAUAAAUCCCCAGUGAAUGUCCCAUCUGGAGAAGGUCUCCUUCAGGAACUGUACGCAGAGCAACGAGAACAGCUGAAGAAAGCUGAAUCAGAGAAGGCAGAGACACUAAAGGAGAGGGAUGCGUUUGAAAUGAAAUGUAUGGAACUUGAGACUGAACUCACUGCGCAGAUUCAGGUAAACAAGGAGCUAAAGAAGCUCCUGGUAGCCUCCAUGGGAGCCGACCUUCACAGCCAGCUGGAGACCCUGGCUAGAGACCGCGCCCAGCUAGCCCAGGAGAUAGAAAAUACCAUGGCAACCCUUCUAAAAGAACGAGAAACCCUAGAGAGGGUUAAUAUCCAGUGUGAUGUCUGGAGGAGUAAAUUUCUAGGAAGCAGAUUACAAGUUGAUGAGUUGAUCACUUCUAGAACACAUCUCGAUAUGUUACAGCAAGAGUCCUUUAAUGCAAUCCAAAGACUUCUGGAUGAGAGAGCAGAGAUCAGACGGCAUAUGAUGAAAACGAACCGGUUAUUACAAUAUCUGUCAAGUGCCUUACAACGGAAUCAAAGUAUCGACAAAGACUCUUGUAAAACUUUGAGUAAUGUCAUGACCCUUGCCUUAGUCAAUGAACAGCUCUCAUCAACAAUCUCUAACGUACUUCUUGGCGAUGUCAAAGGUCACCACCAGGGGUCAGGAGGUCUCAAGGGAUUUGAGUUUGUGGAUUGGACAGAGGCUGAGCUGUUAGCCAAGGAUAUUGUCCUAAACAAGCAGCCCAGCAUCAAACUAGAACAGAUAUCCCAGCAGGCCAUUCUUGAAGGUCCGGUGCCAAAGGUCAACAUGACACAUCGUUACCAUCCACAUACCCGCUAUGAGAACAUAACUAUCAACUGCUGUGAACGAUGUAAGGGCGAUAUCAAAGUUGUAUGACACUGAUGAUGGUGGUCAAUAGUUAUAUGUAAUGACCUACAGCUAGUGCUCAACAUUACUGGGCGAACAUUACUAUCAACUGCUGUGAACGAUGUAAGGGCGAUAUCAAAGUGGUAUGACACUGAUGAUGGCGGUCAAUAGUUCUUUGUAAUGACCUACAGCUAGUGCUCAACAUUCCUGUGGGAACAUUACUAUCAACUGCUGUGUACGAAGUAAGGGCAAUAUCAAAGUUGUAUGACACUGAUGAUGGUGGUCGAUAGUUAUUUGUAAUGACCUACAGCUGGUGCUCAAUAUCACUGGGAGAACAUUACUAUCAACUGUUACGAGUGACAUAAGGGCGACAUCAAAGUGGUAUGAGACAGAUAAAUGUGGUAGUUAUACUGAUGUGUGGCUAGUACCCAACACCAGUACAUGAACAUUACUGUCAAGUGCUACAUGUGACUAAGGGUGACAUCAAAGUGGUAUGACACUGAUAUUUGCUGUAGAUAGUUCUGCAUAAUUACCAAAGGCUAUUGCUGUGAGAACUUUACUAUGAAUGGUUAUGAGCAUGGUGUAGUAAUGAUUGGUAGUUCAGGUGGAAACCUAACUUCACGAAUGAAUUGUCAUGGAAGUUGGUAUAUAUAAAUCAUCCUCUACAGAUUUCUCUCUCUCUCUUUGUUUCCCUGUGUUUCUCCCCAUAUUUAAUCACAAUUGUACUUCUAGGUUCACAAUGUAAUAUUAUUCUUGAUUAAAUGGACAGGAACAUCCAUAUUUUUAUUGUUCGAAAUUGACACAAGAAAUGAAAUACUCAGAAAAUUUGUUUUGCCCAAUUGAUCGUGGGCCUGGCAACGCAGCGCCAAACAGGGUAGUAGAACUCCCAUCUUUUAAUAUCUUUUGGUCUGAUGUGGCCAGGGUUUGAAUUCCCGACCUCCCAGUUGUGAGACAGACGCUCUACCAACUGAGCCAACUCACCAGUCAACAUGUUGUAUAAUCUUUGAAACUACAUGGGCGAAGUUUAUAAUAUCUUGUUUAAUGAAGACACAACCCGUACAAGCGAUGGUUAUUAAUUCUUUUCUGCCAUCUUCGCUUAACUAAGAGGCUUUAUCUAUAGGUAGCAUUAAAGAUGAAACUUUUUUUUCAGGAUCAAUGACAUUUGUUAUUAAGAUUUAAGAUGAAGGCUUUUUUUUUCAAUAUCCGCAUUGAAUGCAAUACAGAUGGUUAAGUUAAAUCCUAUUGAAGAAGGAAACACUAUGAAAUAUGUGAUGAAUUUUGACAUAUGCACUUAUGAGUAAAUGUGAGUCUAACUGUAUGGUAUGAUAAUCCAUCCUGGGUUAAACUUUAGUACAAAUAAGAUUAUUAGUUAUUACUUCUAAGUCAACCCUUCAUCCUCCUUCAAUAUAUAUGACAUUAGACAAUGUGCCAAUAAUUCAUAAAAAUCCAUAGUGUUCUCUGAUUAUUCAUUCUCUGAUGUGAACGAAUAUUCAUUUGAUGUCACCAAAUCUUGUGUGGGAACUGCAAGCAUUUCCUUAUCCAAGGUUUAUCAGUUUUACCAGACAGUAUCAUAGGGUAGGAUGGAAUGAUAGUGUGAUGUGGGGUUAAGAAAACCACAUGAAAAAAGGAUCUUGCAUUAAUUUCGGGUAAGUUAAUCAUUGCUAUGAGAAUGCCCCUCAAUCUGUUUAAGUUCUGUAGAAUAUCUUCAUAAAAUUUGCAUGAAUGUCUGAAAUUUAUUUUGAUAACAUCACACUAAUCUGAAUUAUACAUACUUGAAACUCCAGGAGCUGAAAAAUGUGAGAGAAUUUUAUAUCAUAAUAAAAUUUCAAAUUUAUGGUUCUUUGAAUUUUUUUUAAAUAUCAAUUUCAAAUUUAUGGUUCUUGGGAAUGAAUUGGGCUUAUGUAAGAUUUAUAUUAUAUGUGCCUGUGACUUUGCUAUUAUUGCUAUCAUCUAAUAUUUUGUAAAUACAAAUUGAUCCAAGCCAUUACUAGAGCAUCUAAGAGUAUUGCAGGAUUCUUUGUGCAAUAAAGAGAAUGACAUGUCUCUUCAUACUUUUUUUACUCGUAUUUUUUCACCAAAAAUAUUUAUAUGUUCAUUGCCUCAUUCUUUUGUACACGACCAAUCGAGGCUGACCUAAACUGAAAAUGAUUAAAUAAAAAUUAUU